GCGGCGGGUGGCGGGCGGCUCGGGGCGGGGAGCUCGCGGCGCCCGGGCCGGCGAGGUCCGCCCGGGCCGGCAGCGUCCACCGCGCGGAGGGAGGAGGGAGCGGCGCAGACAAAGAGCGGCGUCUGGGCCGGCAGCGCGGCCGCCGCCCCGGGACCGCGUCGCUGCCCUCCGGCCUCGGCGGGCGGCCCACGCGAGAUUUCAUGUUCCUUUUGUACAAGUGAUUUGUGAGACCAUAAUUCUCUGCUGAGAUUUGAGGUGGAGUUGGGAAUUUGGAGAAUUCCUGCAGCUCCAUAAUUUCCCGGGUUUAAUCAGCUAACAGUUCACCUUUCGAGGAGUUGUACAGUUUGCUAUUCAUCUCUCAUAACUGAGCGCCAAAGAGGGUUGCAGUAAACAUCAGAUGAGCUGACCCAUAGGAAUGCAGCAUCACCAUGGCAGUAUGAGCAGCUAGCCUUCACCUCCAGCCACAUGCCCCUCACCUACUGAGGUGGCAGCUUGUACUGGCACCUCUCCCUCUGAAGAUAAAAGAAGGACUCCAUGAAAGAUGACAGAGGAAGUCGUUGUGAUAGCCAAGUGGGACUAUGCCGCCCAGCAGGACCAGGAGCUGGACAUCAGGAAGAAUGAGCGCCUGUGGCUUCUGGACGACUCCAAGACGUGGUGGCGGGUGAGGAAUGCGGCCAACAGGACGGGCUACGUGCCGUCCAACUACGUGGAGAGGAAGAGCAGCCUGAAGAAGGGCUCCCUGGUGCAGAACCUCAGGGACACGCUAGGCCUCGGCAAGACCAAGAGAAAGACGAGCGCUCGGGACGCAUCCCCUACGCCCAGCACUGACGCCGAGUACCCCGCCAACGGGGGUGGCGCCGACCGCAUCUACGACCUCAACAUCCCGGCCUUUGUCAAGUUCGCCUAUGUGGCCGAGCGGGAGGACGAGCUGUCCCUGGUGAAGGGGUCGCGUGUCACUGUCAUGGAGAAGUGCAGCGACGGCUGGUGGCGCGGCAGCUACAACGGGCAGAUCGGCUGGUUCCCUUCCAACUACGUCCUGGAGGAGGCAGACGAGGCGGCGGCUGAGUCCCCCAGCUUCUUGAGCCUGCGGAAGGGCGCCUCUCUGAGCAAUGGCCAGGGCGCACGGGUGCUGCACGUGGUGCAGACACUGUACCCCUUCAGCUCGGUCACGGAGGAGGAGCUUAACUUCGAGAAGGGCGAGACCAUGGAGGUCAUCGAGAAGCCGGAGAACGACCCCGAGUGGUGGAAGUGCAAAAACGCCCGGGGGCAGGUCGGCCUUGUCCCAAAAAACUACGUGGUGGUCCUAAGUGAUGGGCCUUCCCUGCAGCCCUCGCACACGCCGCAGAUAAGCUACGCGGGGCCUGCGUGCACCGGGCGCUUCGCGGGGCGUGAGUGGUACUACGGGAACGUGACACGCCACCAGGCCGAGUGCGCCCUCAACGAGCGGGGCGUGGAGGGCGACUUCCUCAUUAGGGACAGCGAGUCUUCGCCCAGUGACUUCUCUGUGUCUCUCAAAGCAUCAGGGAAGAACAAACAUUUCAAGGUGCAGCUCGUGGACAAUGUCUACUGCAUCGGGCAGCGGCGGUUUCACACGAUGGACGAGCUGGUGGAACACUACAAAAAGGCUCCCAUCUUCACCAGUGAGCGCGGGGAGAAGCUCUACCUCGUCAGAGCACUUCAGUGACGCCCCUGCAGCCCUGCCGCCUGCAGCUGGCAGUGCCACACUCACUUCUCCGAGCUGAGUGGACCUGCCCACGAGGAAGUCCUCCUGCACAGAAGUCCACUAUGCCCGGUGGCUUGUGCUUUACUGGCCUCCUUUGCCUGGUUUCUCUUGCGGUCCAGGUCGGUUUGGUCUCUCUCGGCCAUCCCGGGCCCUCACACCCACUCAAGCCUACCUGCUCCCUGGCCAGUUUUAGGGCUCAGAAGGUGGGAGAGGAUGCGUUUGUUCACUUUAUUCCUUCUCAACUGAAAGCAGCCUUAGUCUGUUCAAAUUAUUCAUUCUAACAGAACCCCUCAUUAAAAAGACAUGGGGUGCAGUUUGAAUGCACCGAAGCUGCUGUUGUGACUAAGAACUACACACAGUACCCUCCUGGCGCUGGCCGGGAGCUCUGGGCUCCCGUGCAUACAGGCAGCACCGGUGAGGGGACCCAGUCCCCAUGGCCCUUGGCCUGUGUCCUUUGUCCUUCCGUGGCUCCUGGACCCUCCAGGGAGUGAACACGUUUGCUUGUAGCAGUACUGGCACCACCCAGUGAGGUAGGAGGAACCUGCCGAGUGCCUUUGGGGCUGUGCUUGCAAUAAAGAAAUCCCUUCAAAGUCUGCAGAAGAGGGACCGGGGACUUGGAAAGACAGGUAUUUUGGGAAUUUAUCCCCAGAUGUGCCAUCCACAUAGUGCUUUUUCCUCUUGCCUCUGGCUUGUUUAAAUUUCACAAUUAUGUAUUUAAUUCUCAAAAUAAUAGGUAUCUAUAGCCAUUUGUUGACACUAAUACAGAUGAUUAAGGAAAA